CCGAGGCAGGAGGCGGUGGCGGCGGGAGACGGCCAGAAGCAAAAUUUGGAUGAAGCAAUCUAACUAAGUUGCCGUCAUGAGCAGAAGCAAGCGUGACAACAAUUUCUACAGUGUUGAAAUUGGAGACUCUACUUUCACUGUAUUGAAACGGUAUCAAAAUUUAAAACCAAUAGGAUCAGGAGCACAAGGGAUAGUAUGUGCAGCUUAUGAUGCCAUCCUUGAACGAAAUGUUGCAAUCAAGAAGUUAAGCCGACCAUUUCAGAACCAAACCCACGCUAAGAGAGCCUACAGAGAGCUUGUUCUUAUGAAGUGUGUUAAUCACAAAAAUAUAAUUGGCCUACUGAAUGUGUUCACACCACAAAAAUCUCUGGAAGAAUUUCAAGAUGUCUACAUAGUGAUGGAGCUCAUGGAUGCAAAUCUCUGUCAAGUGAUUCAGAUGGAGCUAGACCAUGAACGAAUGUCCUAUCUUCUUUAUCAAAUGCUGUGUGGUAUCAAACAUCUUCAUUCAGCUGGAAUUAUACAUAGGGAUUUAAAGCCCAGUAAUAUAGUAGUAAAGUCAGACUGCACUUUGAAGAUUCUUGACUUUGGACUGGCCAGAACUGCAGGAACUAGUUUUAUGAUGACGCCUUAUGUAGUGACUCGUUACUACAGAGCACCAGAGGUCAUCCUAGGGAUGGGAUACAAAGAAAACGUGGAUUUAUGGUCUGUGGGGUGCAUUAUGGGCGAAAUGGUUUGCCACAAAAUCCUCUUUCCAGGAAGGGACUAUAUUGAUCAAUGGAAUAAAGUUAUAGAGCAGCUAGGAACACCAUGCCCCGAAUUUAUGAAGAAAUUACAGCCUACAGUACGAACUUAUGUGGAGAACAGACCUAAAUAUGCUGGAUAUAGUUUUGAAAAGCUCUUUCCAGAUGUCCUUUUCCCAGCUGACUCUGAACACAAUAAGCUUAAAGCAAGUCAAGCAAGGGAUUUGUUAUCAAAAAUGCUGGUUAUAGAUGCUUCUAAAAGAAUCUCUGUGGAUGAAGCCCUGCAGCACCCAUAUAUCAAUGUUUGGUAUGAUCCAUCAGAAGCAGAAGCUCCUCCACCAAAGAUACCAGAUAAGCAGUUAGAUGAGAGGGAGCACACGAUAGAGGAAUGGAAAGAGUUGAUAUACAAGGAAGUCAUGGACCUGGAGGAGAGAACCAAGAAUGGGGUUAUACGUGGACAACCAGCCCCUUUAGGUGCAGCAAUGAUCAAUGGCUCUCAACAUCCAUCUUCAUCAUCAUCUGUCAAUGACGUGUCUUCAAUGUCAACAGAUCCAACAUUGGCCUCUGAUACAGACAGCAGUCUAGAAACCUCAGCUGGACCUCUGGGUUGCUGUAGAUGACUACUUGGUCUUUUGGGGGGUGGGAGGGG